ACGCGUGCGGCCAAGGUGUCAGGACGAACUACUUAUCGCGAGGGAAGCCCGGCCGAAAGGGGGAGCGACCGGCGUGCGGUUUCGGUGCGAGAAAAGGGGAUUUCCUCACGCCGAGAGGAGAGCAGAGGAGACGAAUGGCUUCUUUAGUCCGGGGCGUCUUCAAGGCGAUUAGAGAAAAAGGCAUCGGAAAUUUCGUGAAGGAGAUUCGAGAAGAGGGCUAUGCGAAAUGCCUUCUGGAUGGGAAUCUGUUGCAAACAAAAAUUCACAACAUAGGUGCAACCCUCGUAGGAGUUGAUAAAUUUGGAAACAAGUAUUAUGAAAAAUUGCAGGACACUCAGUAUGGGCGGCACAGGUGGGUGGAGUAUGCAGAGAAGGGCCGUUAUAAUGCAUCCCAAGUGCCACCUGAGUGGCAUGGCUGGCUGCACUAUAUCACCGACCAUACAGGGGAUGAACUUUUGAUGCUGAAACCUCGAAGAUAUGGAGUAGAGCACAAGGAGAACUUCUCGGGAGAGGGUGAUGAGUACAUCUACCACUCGAAGGGUCAUGCUCUCAACCCUGGACAGAGGAACUGGACCCGGUACCAGCCAUGGCAACCCACCAAAAGCUAAAAAAAAAAGUCCUUUCCCUUAUCAGCCUGAAGGCUGGAUGAACUUUGUGCAAAUAAAUGUAGUGAACUUGUUCCUUUUGAGAGAGCAACCUGUGAAUUGUGGUACUGCACCUUUGACUUAUGGUUUUCUGCAACCUUAAAGAAGCUUUUGGAAGUGACUUGGUUGCAUUGCUCCUCCAUGGCCAUUGGUCUUGUGGGUUGGUCAAAUGGGGCCUUCAUGACAGGGCCUAUGAUGAUAGCUGCAAGGCUGUACUGUGACAACAUUGUAGCAGCAGAACUCCCAUCAUGAGUCCUAAAUCAUUUGUUACCAUUAUUUACUCAAUGAGCUAUCGAAAUAACCACAUGACUAUAACUUAUUUCAACCACAUUUUAGAAGAAUUUUUCAGGAUGGCGUUUGCCUCCACCUUACAUCUA